AUGACUCUCGACUAGUGUUUUAAUUGUGUGACUAUUUAUCUUAAAUGUCAGGUUUUACAAAUUCUUCAUAAGUCCUUGAGAUAAAAAAAAAUACGACGUGAGGUAGAAAAACUGAGUAAGUGCUAAAUAUCUGCUUCAAAAACUACGCUAGUUUGUUGAAAGAGUUGAGCUAAGCUUGAGGUGUACUAGAGCUACCAUGAGGUUUGUUGUGGUCUUUCUGCUGAUCGAAAGUCUAACACUUUAUAGAGAUGUGAGCACAGCUUCGACUUGUGCAGCGCCAUCUCCCCGCCUGUCCACCUUCAUUUACAUGUUGAGCGGGUUCUUCAGCACUAUCAAGAUGGUCAAGAAGGAUAUCCUGCUUGAUGAGGACGUCAUCCAUGACGUCAUCAACACCACAUUCACCCCCAUCCAGCUGGACGUUCUCCUACCAGACUGUGUGUUUGUGAUAGAGGAAAAUAUCAACGGCAAGGUGUUCAGGCUGGAGGCUUUGAGAAUCUCUGAAGACGACAUGGGCUUGAUCCGUAUACAACCGUACAACUUUACUGAGCCCUCUGAGUUUAGACCUGGUCAGUUUGACCUAACCACACUGAGUGACCUUACGAUGGAGGACCUACACACAAGGGAAGAAUGCGAGGUCAUUUUCAAACAGAUUGACGACACGGUCUUCUUUGGUACCUGGCCGGACUGUACUAGGGUGGAUGCUAAUGGGGUAAUGGAUCAGAUAGAUCUGUUGUAA